UCCACUUUGCUGUUUUUCCUUUUUCCAUCUCUGCGUGACUGUGUGUGUGUGUGUCUCCCAGUCUCUCUUCCCCCCACGGUACAACUCGGCCCCCCACCUCAACACACACACACAUACACAGAAGCUGGGCUUGCUAGUAUGGAAUUGAAGACUUGCAAUACCAAAAUGCAUGUGUUACCUUGGGAUGCACUAGGAUCAGAAUGCUCGAAAAGCCUGCAGGCUGCUUAGUCCUCCAAGACUGGGUUUUUUAAACCAGACAGGAAAAGAACAAGUUAUUCACUUUUUUGUUCUUUCUUUUUCUUUUUUUUUUUUUCUUUCUUUCUCUUUUUUGUGCUUUGGAUACUACUGAACAAGGAGUCUCAGGGAUUCGCACGCUCGGACUUCAUUGAAUCAGGCUGCAUCUGACAAACAAUCUUGUCUGCAUUUUGGUUUGCUAGAGAUCAACCGGGAUUUUUUCUGAUUCUAUCUUCUUUUGAAAAAAGGAUGCAUGGCACAGAGAGAAGGUCUAAGUGCCUGUUUGAGACUAUUUUACUGAACCUAGGAUAAAUGUUACUUCUCAAAGGUACUGUUGCGUGAUUUACAAUGGAAAAAUUGUUCUGCAGCAUCCUGGUGUUUGGAAUGGCUGUCACAGUCAAUGCUUGUCCCAAAUAUUGUGUCUGCCAGAACCUGUCUGAGUCACUGGGGACUUUGUGUCCCUCCAAGGGUCUCCUUUUUGUGCCACUGGACAUAGAUCGAAGGACUGUUGAACUCCGUCUUGGGGGUAACUUUAUUAUUAAUAUCAGCCGACAAGAUUUUGCCAAUAUGUCUGGACUUGUUGACCUUACUUUGUCCAGAAACACCAUCAGUUACAUACAGCCCUACUCUUUCACCGACUUGGAGAGCCUUCGGUCUUUACAUCUGGACAGCAACAGACUGCCUGACAUUGGAGAGGAUAUUUUGAGAGGUUUAAUUAACCUUCAGCAUUUGAUUUUAAACAACAACCAGCUAAGCAGCAUUUCUGAUGAAGCCUUUGAGGAUUUUUUGCUGACAUUGGAAGACUUAGACCUUUCCUACAAUAACCUCCGAAGCAUUCCAUGGGAAUCUAUAAGAAAGAUGAUAAACUUGCACCAGCUCAGUUUAGAUCACAACCUGAUAGAUUAUAUAACAGAGGGGACAUUUGCAGAUCUUCAGAAACUGGCCCGGUUGGAUCUAACAUCCAACAGACUGCAGAAGCUCCCCCCUGACCCUAUAUUUGCCAGAUCUCAAGUAAUUCCAUUAGCCGUUACCCCGUUUUCUCCACCUUUGUCUCUCAGCUUUGGGGGCAAUCCACUGCAUUGCAACUGUGAGCUACUGUGGUUAAGGCGACUUGACAGAGAUGAUGAUAUGGAAACUUGUGCUUCUCCUCCAGGUCUAAAGGGAAGGUACUUCUGGUACGUACGGGAAGAAGAAUUUGUUUGUGAGCCUCCCCUUAUCACACAACAUACUCACAAGCUUCUGGUUUUAGAAGGGCAAACUGCUACGCUGAAAUGCAAAGCCAUUGGGGAUCCCACUCCCAUCAUUCACUGGGUAGCCCCUGAUGACCGUCUGAUCGGAAACUCUUCGAGGACAGCUGUCUAUGACAAUGGUACCUUAGAUAUACUCAUCACCACCUCCAAGGAUUAUGGAACUUUCACAUGCAUAGCAGCCAAUGCUGCUGGAGAGUCCACUGCAACAAUUGAACUCUCAAUUGUUCAGCUUCCCCAUCUCAGCAAUGGCACAGGUCGAUCAGCUCCCCCGAAAUCCAGGCUCUCUGACAUCACCAGCUCCACCAAGUCAAAUCGUGGGGAAACAAAAGGCCCACCAGAAAGGGCUGUCCUGGUGUCAGAUGUGACCACUACCUCAGCUUUGGUCAAGUGGACAGUGAGCAAGUCGGCCCCUCGGGUAAAAAUGUAUCAGCUGCAGUAUAACUGCUCAGAUGAUGAAGUCCUGAUCUACAGGAUGAUACCAGCUACAAACAAGGCCUUUGUUGUAACCAACCUUGUUUCUGGAACAGGCUAUGACCUCUGUGUCCUGGCAAUGUGGGAUGACACAGCCACAACCCUUACUGCCACCAAUAUUGUGGGAUGCGCCCAAUUCUUCACCAAAGAAGACUACCCUCAGUGCCAGUCAAUGCACAGUCAGUUCCUGGGUGGGACCAUGAUUCUGAUCAUUGGAGGCAUCAUUGUGGCAACUCUGUUGGUGUUCAUUGUAAUACUCAUGGUCCGUUAUAAGGUCUGCAACAAUUCUCAAGGGAAGAUGUCUAAUGUCAGCAAUGUCUACUCACAGACAAAUGGAGCACAACCAGUUCAGAAUGGAGUCUUGCCCCAAGUCAAUCCCAAAGUGGUGGUGAGGAAUGAACUUAUGGAGUUUAACUGUCAGUCCGCACGGAGCAGCAUCUCCUCUUCCUCCAGCUCUGCAAAUAGUCGUGACUGCGACAACUAUAGCCUCCAAAGUGAACAGGGCACAUUGUCCAGUAAAUGGAGGCCUCCUGCCAGGUCAAAACACAAUAUUGACCGGCUAAUGGGAGCUUUUGCCUCCCUGGAACUGAAAUGUCAGAAAAAGGAGGAAAUGACAGACUCCAGAACUUCCACGGUGGCCCGCCACUCGGACAAAGAGCCACUGCUGGGCCAGACGGAGUCAAAAUUACGCAGCUUCCUCAUGUUGCCUCUAGAGGGCAAAACCAAACGUAGCCAUUCUUUUGACAUGGGGGACUUUGCUACAUCUCAGUGUUGCACCUACCCAAAAAAGAUAACAAACAUUUGGACAAAGAGGAGCCUCUCAGUCAACGGCAUGCUUUUGCAGUAUGAUGACAAUGACCUAACAGGCGCAAAAGGGACUUUCGGGAGCUCAGAGUGGGUAAUGGAAAGCACAGUGUAAAUAUCAAUGUCUCCCCCCUCCUCUUCUCCCUUCAUAUGUUAUAAAGCAUGGUUUGCUUCAGGGCCAUGCAAUUUGAAAGAGAGGAGAGGAAAUGUUUUCAAUUGUACUGGCCAAAAAGAUAGACAAACAAGUAAGUAACAGGGAUACUAAAAGAGCAAGAAGGUCAUGAAAUGUGAAUAGGCACGUAUGGCACCAUUCCUGUCUGGCCCCAACUAAACCAUGCGUGAAUGUUUCAAGGAAUUUGCUAGUUGUAUUUAGCAUUACUUUCCAAAAGUUACUUAGACUGUUGGUGAACCAUCACACAAGAUUAAACAAGGAGGAUGAAAAGGGGUUUAACAGGAGAAAUUUAAUUUUACAGGGUUUCUUUUCUUUUUUCUUUUUUUUUUUUUAAAGGGGCACCUCUUUCUUUUCUUUCAAACACAGAAAUACACUUCUGUGGAUAUGACUGGUGCUAGGAUAUAUCUGGUUGUUAUUGCAAAUGAUUUUCUCAAAAGUGCAGGCAUGGCACCCACGGGGACAGAUAAGAGCAAAUUGUUCAGCAUAAUCUCAUGGUGUUAACUGUGACAUCUGGGCAAACAAUAUUUGUUGUUGAGUCGGCUUUUGGUUGGGAUUUAUUUACUUCUGUUCUGUUUUGAUUUUUUAUGGUUUGAGUUGCUUUUUUCCCACAACAGAAAGUAUGUUUCCAUGCAUUUUUUGGUUUUGUUUUUAGUCUCAUCAAAUCCCCCAGAUUAAAAGGAGGUAUGUACAAAGGUCAAAUUUCUGAUGUACUGUAUAAUCCACCCCCAAUACCAUCCCUUUCUGUCCUAGAAAAAA